AUGACAGAUCUUGAACAUGCUCAAAUAGUGGUAAUGAAUUUAUUAGAUGGUCUAUCGGAAUGUUAUUCAGCUGCAGUAGCUGAUAACUUCUUUACGAGUAUUUCUCUUGCGAAACUUUUGUUGGAACAUGAUACGUAUCAUAUUGGAACACUUAGAAGCAAUCGUGCCGGAUCUGGAAGUAAAGGUCUUCAGAAAAAUUUGACACAUGGUGAAGUUUACGGGCUCCAGAAUAAAGAUGGCAUAAAAUUGAUUAUGUGGAAAGAUGAAAAAAGAAGUCUUCAUGAUAUUCGCAAGACUGUUGCAUUCAGCAACUGUGGUAGACAUUGGAAAAGCCAACAGAAUAAACGAAUGUAUCAUGAAGCCACAAGUUGUCAUAGAUUAUAA